GGGACAAUAAGUGAACAAAAUGAUAAUUUUCGUGUACACGAUUAUUUUUGCAGCAUUUUUGGACGAGUGCUUUGGUGUUCGUGGUGGUUGCUGUACACCAAACACAAACGACGAUUUCGAUAUCGACGACUUCAAAUAUCAAGGAGAUCCAAUUAGAUUUUCGUGUAUAACAGCCCAUUCGCAAAGUGACUUUUAUAUGACUGACGUAAAUGGAAGCAUUCCAGCGGCUUUAGUUGAGCGACUUAACAAUGGAAAUGGCCUAUCGUUGUUUUUUCACGGGGCUGCGAAUGUUGUACAUACGUCAAGCGAAUUGCUUUCUUCAUUUGCCAAUGAGUGGUUCAAGGCAUCCGGAAACAAUAUUUGUAUCGUCACCUAUGCCUAUACAACACGUUCAUCGAGAGGUUUAAAAAUGUAUGCAAUUGUAAAUGAAAUGGUAAAAACCCGGCGGCUUGAAUACGUAGCGAAAAUGGCAGGGGACUUGGUUGCCAUACAAUGUUUGAACGUUUCACAGGUUGAUGUGAGUGGUUUUAGUUUUGGUGCGCAUGUCGCUGGCCGAACUAGUCAAUACUUGCUUCGAAAGACGGGCGAACGUGUUCGAAUACUUUUGGCAUUGGAUCCAAUAAAACCUCCUCUCUUCGGUGCAAAAAUAAGAGACUCCAUAAAACGAGGUUAUGCCAAUUAUGUGCAAGUAAUUCACACCUCCAGAAAGCUAGGAAUAUGGGAUCAAAUGGGAGAUGUAGAUGUCUACGUGAAAUAUGAGGUUGUGAAAAAUUUGGGCCCAUUAAAUGAUGAGCAUGGACUUGCAUUCUUUAUUCAUCUUGCAACCGCCACAAAACGACUUUUUAUAGCGGCAAAUCUAAAAGGAGAUGGAAAUGGUAAUGUGAUGAAAAGCGAUGAUCUAAUAUUUGAAGAUGAAUGUGUAGUCGGUGUGUAUGGUGGCCUGAAAUCGGUUCAUCGCGGAAAAAAACUUGUACUUUUGUUGGGUAAACGUGAUCCAGUGUUUUGGGAUCAAAUUGGCAUGUUUCGCGAUGCUGAAAUCUUUUUGGGGUCGCAAGAAGUUGAAAAAGAAGAAAAGAUAUCCGAUCCAAAUGGAGAAGAAUGCGUAUUAUGCUUUGAAAAUAAGAAAAAUGUACUUUUAAAACCAUGCAAACAUAAGGAAAUAUGUAAUUCGUGUUGGAACAAGUGGAAAAUCGAACAAUUUACAUCAACACCCAAGUGUCCAAUUUGCAGACGAGAAGUAACCAAGUCAGAAGUCAAAAAAUAAACUGUUCGGUAUAAGUUCUCUUAUACUGAACGCCAUUUUCACUUGUAUAAAGUUUCGAAUCUUUCGUAACUCAGUUACAUCGCACCAAACAGAAAAUUUA